UGGCGCUAGCUCGCACUAUUCGUUACCACGUGAUUUGUCGAAACCGCGGCGAUGUAUGGUAGGCUGUGUUGACAACGACGAAGCAGUAUAAGAGAGAUAAUAGCGCGUGCUUAGCAACAGCCUGUGUAUCCCUGCGUAGCAGACUAAAGGCGGUGGCGAGGGUGAUUCCUCUCCCCAAUAAUGCUAUGUGGCGCUUGCAGCGGUCACUAACGUAACUAACCCGUGACCCGUCUCUCCCAUAGGGGAUCGCCAGCUGUCCAGGCCAGGUCUCUAGUAUAGUGGUAUAGUAGUAGGUCGUGCUUUGGCAUACACGGCACGGCAUCCAUGGGUGCACGUUGUCAUGGUAACCAUAUGUUGUCGGAAUGUUGAAGGCAUGCUUGCUAGAAACGGGAAUGAACGUAAAAACGGCCAAAACCAACUUGGAUCUUGAGUGCCGGUCAAGUGCGCUAUCCGUUACCCUUUACCGUUUCCAUAGCCCAUAGCGCUACCGAACCAUAGCGUUGUGUGUUUGUCCAAAAACCAAGGGCUCAGGAUGUCACACCGAGAGCUGAGAAAUUUCACCGAAAUAAUGCGUGCUCUUGGAUAUCCACGCCUAAUUUCUUUGGAGAACUUUCGAGUACCGAACUUCCCACUUGUAGCGGAAAUCGCAUUGUGGCUAGUAAAAAGGUACGAUCCAGAUGUCGACAUUCCUUUGGACAUAGACGUGGAACAAGACAGGGUGAUGUUCAUCAAGUCAGCUUGUCACAUUAUCGCAAUCAAGGCCCAUGUGAAGCUUAACGCUCGGAAGCUGUAUAUGGCAGAUGGCUAUGCUGUCAAAGAAUUGCUGAAGGUUGCCCUAAUACUCUAUAAAGCAGUGCUCACAAAAUGUCUACAUCAGAACUCUGAGCCGGAUACUGAGGCAGCCAGUGAAGCCUUCACCAACAGUUUCAGCAUUAACUCACAGCUUUCUGACAUGAAGGUGACCCGACAGCUAGCGUCUGAGAUCACCCAGCGAGGAGCAGUGCUAUAUGAUCAUUUAGCCAAGGAACCUGAACUAAAGGAGUCACGAACAGGCGUGCUGACAAGGCAACUGGAAAUAAAUGAAGUUGAAAAAUGUGUUCUGGAUGCGAUACAAGCUGUGAAGGAUGAAACUAAGAAACUUCAUGCCAGGAUGGAAACUGUCUCAGCUGAUGAAGCAAACUUGGAGGCAAAAGUUGAGAAAAAGAAGUUGGAACUUGAGAGAAAUCGAAACAGACUUCUCACUUUGAAAUCAGUCAGACCUGCAUUUAUGGAUGAGUUUGAACGUCUCGAAGAAGAACUUGAAAAUAUGCAUCAGCAAUAUGUUCUCAAGUUUCGAUGUCUUGCAUACCUGGAUGCACAGCUUGAAGAACUGGAACAAAAUGAACGUGAAUCAGCAGAAGAACGAGACCAACAAAUCCAAAGGCUUGUAAACAGACUGCAGCAAGAAGAAAAUGUGAAGCAUUCAAUAGGAGAGAAGCAAGGGAACCAAAGUGCAGCCAAAAAAGCAUCUACAGGUUCUGGGCUUGAGAGGGAUGCAGCUGGAAAACUUGUGUUCGGGUCAAUGACGGGAGAAAGGGGAUUGGACUCAGACUCAGACUUGGAUUUAGAAGGAGAAGAAGAUGAGGAAGGCUCUGAGGACAGUUCAGAGGAAGGUCUUGACAUUGAAGAUUUUGGAGAAAUCGGUGGAGUUAGGCCACCAGCCCGACGGCAACCGCCAGUCACGGUUGAUAGUGAUAACGACUUUUAGGUAUACUGUACGACAAAGCUCGUGAGUUUGGUGCAUUUAUGCAUCAAAAUAUUUCAAAAAGAUGUCAACACACAUAUGUAAAAGAUGCAUUUUGCAAGCACAAAUCCACUCUUACUUACAAAUACUGCGGUGCUGUAGAAGAUCUAGAGCACAUUCUUCUCCCUUGCCCGCACUAUCAACCUUCCCGAACUGUACUCUUCGGAUCCCGUAAUGAGCUGGACUCUCGCCCCCUCCCUCUCACAAAAUUGCCUGGUGCCUGGCCACAUCCAGUCCAGCAAGGCUUGGCCCUGAAAGCUCUCUUCACCUUUCUGGAUACCAUAGGACUUCGAUCCAUAUUGUGAAGGGGAUCAUUAUUUCAUUCCCCGCAUUACCACCAGCAAUUGGGUAGAGUAUCGCCCCUGGCGAUGAAACUCCCCAUCCAUCAUCUCGAAAUAAAGUUGUUGUUGUUGUUGGCAAACAGCAAAAACAAAGAGAUUCCAGACAGCAAGUAUGUGAUUCCUUCUGCCUUACGCACAUCAAGUUAAAGGAACCAUGAAAUUUCUCGAAUAUCCCAUAAAAUGUUUGCUGACAACAGUUCUUCCUGUUGAGAACCUCAAAGAGCACAAAUCAGAAUUAAAGGCUGUCAUUUUUUUUUUACCCCAUGCGUGGUUGAAAUCACCCUCCAGACCUCUUCUCCGCAUUCCUCUUCCCUCUCGAUUCUUGAGCACUAGACGUGUGGUUUACACAGGGCUUGCAGAAAGCACCAUCGCGCCUAUCCUGGCCAUACCAUACUGUUAUGCACGUAUUCGAACAAUCAUAUGGAGGACACUUUAAAGGAACGGCAUUCGCUUUUGGAUUCCUCAAUGGGGGUACAGUCCUUUCGAAGUCGCACAAAGCCAGUAUCCCUUUCAUACCCUCAGAAUAUUCGGCUGGCAGUCGUGAAAGCGGGUCAACCGGACUGGCAAUCCUUUGUUACCCACUUUGGAGAAACUUAUGUUCAAAAGUGAAAGUUUUUCACACCAGCUCCUGUUCAUGUGUAAACCUGAUGUUAGUGCAUAAUGUAUAAUGUAAAAACCCCGAGACUAGUGAACACGAAGGGAUAGACACAACACGAAGUCUCAAUUCUUUCAACCCCGAGACUUCGUGUUGUGUCUGUCCCUUCGUGUUCCCUAGUCUCGGGGUUUUUACAUUAUGCAUCAUCUUCACCAGCUCGCUUGCUUCCUAGCCAUUUUUUCACUGAUGUUAGUUUCCAGUUUUCUCAUUGAUGGGGAAAAUGGCCUUUCUGUUAAAAGGCGAUGCUUCUUGACCACUGUUGGCACCUCAUCAUGUUGUAAAUAAAUGUAAGUAGUUGUUCA